ACACAACAUAAGCCGUCAGUGGCCCUGAUAAACCCAACAAAGAAAGAAGAGUGGUCAGGUUGUUUCAGCUGCUGCUGUGUUAUCUACCUGCUUCUCCUCCUCAUUAUCAUCAUCAAGGAUCAGCGGAUAACUGUGCCAUCAUUAUCCUGCCUCCAGUCACCUCUUUACUCCAUAUGGAAUUUGACGAUGAGUUUUACCUGGAGGAAGAUAAACUAAGGUGCAUAUAGAUAGUGAAGAUCCACCCAAAGAGUAUCAAUGUGGCCGAGACACCUUCCUGGAGUACAUGAGUAUUCCUUGGUGCCCUUGUGUGAUCCUGAAGAUUUCACAAUGCAAGAGGACAUGGAUGCUUAUUGCUCCAUAUUUGAAGAUCGCAUUCCUGAGACACGCAUAACAUCAGGGUCCCCUGUCUGGGAGAAAAGAGAAGAUAGUAAAGAACCCAAAGAAAAGGAGAGUGACAAAGGGAAGGAGGAUGAGGAGAUUAAAGAGGAAGAAGAAGAUAUUAGUGAGAGAGAGAGGUUUUUGUAUGGAUUUCGAAGUGAAAAUAAAAUGGGAAUGACCAUCACCUCAGGGAGUGUCACCCUGGAGAAGAAUGACAGCAACUUGAUCGGCAUUAGUAUUGGGGGUGGUGCCAAGUACUGUCCUUGUCUCUACGUGGUCCAGGUGUUUGACAACACUGCAGCAUCACGAGAAGGCACCCUUCAGAGUGGAGAUGAAAUCACUGGAGUUAAUGGAGUCAAUGUCAAGGGAAAGUCCAAGCAGGAGGUGGCUCACCUCAUUCAGAGGUCUGAGGGUUCUGUCUCCAUUCAGUACAAUAAACUUCAUGCAGACCCUAAGCAAGGAAAGACCUUGGACAUUGCCAUGAAGAAGGUCAAGCAUCGACUGGUUGAAAAUCUCUCUUCUUCAACAGCAGAUGCCCUGGGCCUCUCACGUGCCAUUUUGUGCAAUGACUCAUUGGUCAAAAAACUGGAUGAUUUACAGAGGACUGAAGAGAUGUAUCAGGCUCUCAUGGACCAUACUAAACGACUGCUAAAAGCCUUCUUUGAUUUAGCAAUUGUUUAUAGAAGGUUUGGAGAUAUCUUUUGUGAGAUUGGUGUUCGUGAAAUUCAACAAAGUGCCAAUGAAGCCUUCAACCAGUUUGGGGAGGCUCACCGCCAGAUGGAGAAGUAUGGCAUUAAUAUGCUGAAGAGGCUUAAACCAGUAAGUUGACUUGAAGGACAUAUU